CGGCAUCGUUUCAUUUUUUCCUCCCUAAAUUUUCUGUCAAAUCUCUUCCACUUUUUCUCGAAUUUCCUCCGAAUUUGCUUUUAAUCCAAACAACACUCCGUUUUUGCCGUCGCUUUUCGAUUCUCUGGGUUGGAAUUCGUGUGGAAUUUGAACUAGUUUUUGAGUAUCAAUGGACCAUGCUGAACUAAACACUGAACAGGUUCUGAAGAGGGACAUCCCAUGGGAAACUUACAUGACGACUAAGCUGAUUUCAGGAACAGGCCUUCAGCUGUUAAGGCGUUAUGAUAAUAGAGCUGAAAGUUACAGGGCACAAUUGUUGGAUGAUGAUGGUCCAGCCUAUGUUCGAGUGUUUGUUAGUAUAUUGCGUGAUAUAUUUAAGGAAGAAACAGUGGAGUAUGUUCUGGCUUUAAUUGAUGAAAUGCUCACAGCCAAUCCUAAACGAGCCAGAUUAUUUCAUGACAAGUCUCUUGCAAAUGAAGAUACUUAUGAACCUUUCUUAAGAUUGCUCUGGAAAGGUAACUGGUUCAUACAAGAAAAGAGCUGCAAGAUACUUGCCCUGAUAGUAAGUGCCCGCCCAAAAACCCAGGAUGGUGUUGUUGCAAAUGGUGAAGCCUCAAAUUCAAAGAAAAAGUUCACUACCAUUGAUGAUGUGCUUAAAGGUUUGGUUGAAUGGCUUUGCACACAGCUGAGAAAGCCUUCCCAUCCCAGUCGUGGUAUUCCGACUGCCAUCAAUUGCCUUGCAUCAUUGCUGAAGGAACCUGUUGUCAGAUCUUCCUUUGUUCAAGCAGAUGGGGUGAAGUUACUGAUUCCUUUAAUUUCUCCAGCAUCAACUCAGCAGUCUAUCCAGCUUCUUUAUGAGACAUGUCUCUGUCUAUGGCUUUUAUCUUACUAUGAACCUGCACUUGAGUAUUUGGCAACGUCUAGAACUCUACCACGACUGGUUGAUGUUGUUAAGAGUUCCACAAAGGAGAAGGUUGUCAGGGUUAUUAUCUUGACCUUUAGGAACUUGUUGUCCAAAGGCACAUUUGGUGCUCAGAUGGUAGACCUUGGACUGCCACAAAUUGUUCAGAGUUUGAAAGCACAAGCAUGGAGUGACGAGGAUUUGUUGGAGGCACUCAAUCAACUUGAAGAUGGGCUGAAGGAUAACAUUAAGAAAUUGAGUUCCUUUGACAAAUAUAAACAGGAAGUUCUCCUUGGUCAUCUUGAUUGGUCUCCCAUGCAUAAAGAUCCAUUAUUUUGGCGUGAUAAUAUAACAUGCUUUGAAGAGAAUGAUUUCCAGAUUCUAAGGGUCCUCAUUACAAUCAUGGACUCAUCGAAUGAUUCAAGAGCUCUGGCUGUUGCUUGCUUUGAUCUCUCACAAUUUAUUCAGCACCAUCCUGCUGGGAGGGUGAUAGUGACUGACCUAAAGGCCAAAGAGCGGGUGAUGAAGUUGAUGAACCAUGAGAGUGCCGAGGUUACCAAGAAUGCUUUACUCUGCAUUCAAAGGCUUUUCCUAGGUGCCAAGUAUGCUAGCUUUUUGCAGGUGUAGUUUGCCUUAACAAUGGUGCAUGGUCAUCUUGUGUCAUCUACACUGUGGAAGUAAUACGGCGAGUGGAUAGUAAAUUCGGCUCCUUAGGUGUUCUAUUGUGAUUUUUGAGUAAAUUAUGAGUUGGGGGGCUGGUCUUCCAUCAGACAUUUGAUUGUCUAAAUGUCAAGGAAGAAUUAAUUUUCGUUUUAUUAAACUUGAGAAUAUCAUUAUUACUAUUGAUAAUUUUUUUAGAUUUUGAGCUGAAUUUAAUAAAGUGUUUGUAUCCUUUAUUUAUCU